AUGAGAAAUCACCCUGGAGCUCGUCCAGUUGCUAAACCAGCCCAAGCGGCCCCUGAGCUUCCGCCGACAGCCGCUCCAGUUCCAGUGGACCCUCAUAGCGAGGCAGCUCUUGAUGCUCGUGCGAAAAAAUGGCAACAACUCAACGCCAAGAGAUAUGGUGCUAAAAGAAAGCAGGCAAAGGUCGGAUGUCUUACUGAAGGGCCUAAAGAAGAAAUGCCACCAGAGCACCUAAGGAAGAUUAUCAAGGAUCAUGGAGACAUGUCAAGCCGAAAGUACCGACACGAUAAGAGAGUUUACCUUGGUGCGCUGAAAUAUGUGCCCCAUGCUGUUUAUAAAUUGUUGGAAAAUAUGCCGAUGCCUUGGGAGCAAGUUCGGAAUGUUAAAGUUAUUUAUCACAUCACUGGUGCAAUCACCUUCGUGAAUGAGAUUCCUUGGAUGAUUGAACCGGUGUUUAUGGCGCAGUGGGGGACGAUGUGGAUCACGAUGCGACGGGAGAAAAGAGAUCGACGCCAUUUCAAAAGAAUGCGAUUUCCACCGUUUGAUGAUGAAGAACCUCCUCUUGAUUAUGGGGAUAACGUCUUGGAUGUCGAACCCCUUGAGGCAAUUCAGAUGUCGCUGGAUGACGAAGAAGAUGCGCCUGUUGCUGCGUGGUUUUAUGAUCAUCAGCCUCUUAAAUUUGAUCAGCGUUAUGUCAAAGGUCCACGAUACCGUUAUUGGAGAUUGGAGCUGGAGCAGAUGGCUGUCUUGUACCGUUUAGCAAAUCAGUUGUUGUCUGAUCUAACGGAUGAAAACUAUUUCUAUCUGUUUGAUCUCAAAUCGUUUUAUACGGCGAAAGCGUUAAAUAUGGCAAUUCCAGGCGGUCCCAAAUUCGAGCCACUCCAUCGGGACAUGCACGAUGAUGACGAAGAUUGGAAUGAAUUCAAUGAUGUUAAGAAAAUUAUUAUUCGACACCAAAUUCGCACGGAAUACAAAAUCGCUUUCCCAUAUUUGUACAACAAUCGCCCUCGAGACGUCGCUAUGUCGAAGUACCACACGCCCAUGUCCGUCUACGUGAAAGCAGAAGAUCCAGACUUGCCUGCGUUUUAUUUUGAUCCAAUCGUUCAUCCAAUUCCGGCGUAUCGAACAGCAAGCUCCACUCCGGAAGCGGAGGAGUUGAUGGACGACGAUGACCUGGAGGUAUUCAAGUUGCCUCUUAAGCUUGUCCCCAUGCUCGACGAGGAGCCUCUGAUGACAAACACGACCGCAAACGGAAUUGCACUCUACUGGGCACCGCGUCCCUUCAAUUUGCGGUCUGGAACGACGAGAAGGGCAGUUGACAUUCCUCUGGUUCAGAGCUGGUUCAGAGAACACUGUCCGGCGAAUUAUCCCGUCAAAGUCCGCGUGUCCUAUCAAAAGCUUCUGAAAUACUGGGUCUUGAACCACUUGCAUUCCCGAAGACCCAAACCUCAGAAGAAGAGAUAUUUGUUCAAAAUCUUCAAAGCUACGAAAUUCUUUCAGUGUACCGAAUUAGAUUGGGUCGAAGUUGGACUUCAAGUUUGCCGGCAGGGAUACAACAUGUUGAAUCUUCUCAUUCAUCGCAAGAAUCUCAAUUACCUUCAUCUGGAUUUCAACUUCAAUCUAAAACCAAUCAAGACUCUCACGACAAAAGAGAGAAAAAAGUCCCGUUUUGGAAAUGCAUUUCAUCUCUGUCGUGAAAUCUUGCGUUUGACAAAGUUGAUUGUUGACUCGCACGUGCAAUACCGACUGGGUAACGUCGACGCCUUCCAACUAGCCGAUGGGCUGCAAUACAUAUUCGCGCAUGUCGGACAGUUGACUGGAAUGUACAGGUACAAGUACCGUUUGAUGCGUCAAGUUCGAAUGUGCAAAGAUCUGAAGCAUCUCAUCUAUUACCGCUUUAACACUGGUCCUGUUGGAAAGGGGCCAGGCUGUGGAUUUUGGGCUCCCGGUUGGAGAGUGUGGAUCUUCUUUCUUCGUGGGGUUGUUCCUUUGCUCGAGCGAUGGUUGGGCAAUCUUCUAUCACGUCAGUUUGAAGGUCGCGUGUCCAAGGGUAUCGCGAAAACGGUGACGAAGCAACGAGUCGAGUCUCACUUCGAUCUUGAAUUGCGUGCGGCAGUCAUGCAUGACAUCGUUGACAUGAUGCCGGAGGGCGUUAAAGCGACAAAGGCACGAACGAUUCUUCAGCAUUUGAGUGAAGCGUGGCGAUGCUGGAAAGCGAACAUUCCGUGGAAGGUCGCUGGGCUGCCCGCGCCUCUUGAAGCAAUGAUCCUUCGAUACGUGAAGAUGAAAGCAGAUUGGUGGAGCAAUGCUGCAUACUAUAAUCGGGAACGUAUAAAAAGAGGAGCAACUGUUGAUAAGACUGUUUGCAAGAAAAAUCUCGGGCGAUUAACAAGAUUGUGGUUGAAGUCUGAACAUGAACGACAGCACAGCUAUUUGAAAGACGGUCCGUAUGUUAGUGGUGAAGAAGCAGUCGGUAUUUAUACAACGGCAGUUCAUUGGUUGGAGUCUAGAAAGUUCACUCAUAUCCCAUUUCCUCCAUUGAAUUACAAACAUGACACAAAGUUAUUGAUUCUUGCUCUCGAAAGAUUGAAAGAAGCAUACAGCGUCAAAUCUCGCCUGAAUUCAGCACAACGCGAGGAGUUGGGUCUGAUCGAACAGGCCUACGACAACCCGCACGAAGCUCUCUCACGGAUCAAGCGACACCUUUUGACCCAAAGAGCUUUCAAAGAAGUCUCGAUUGAAUUUAGCGAUCUGUACAGCCAUCUGAUUCCCGUCUAUGAGAUUGAUCCUCUUGAAAAAAUUACUGACGCCUAUCUUGAUCAGUAUCUCUGGUAUGAAGCGUCUGCGCGACAUUUGUUUCCUAAUUGGAUCAAGCCUUCGGACAACGAACCCCCACCUCUCCUGGUCUACAAAUGGUGUGAAGGGAUCAACAAUCUCCAGGAUAUCUGGAAUACAGACGAUGGAUCUUGUGUCGUGUUGAUGGAAUCCAAAUUCGAAAAGCCCUUCGAAAAAAUCGACUUAACUCUUCUGAAUCGUCUUCUUCGUCUCAUUGUCGAUCACAACAUUGCUGACUACAUCACGGCAAAGAAUAACGUUGCUAUUUCUUUCAAAGAUAUGAGUCACACUAAUUCAUUUGGUCUUAUUCGCGGAUUGCAAUUUGGGUCUUUCGUGUUCCAAUUCUAUUUCUUGAUUGUUGACCUUCUUCUUCUGGGUUUAACGCGCGCAUCUGAAAUCGCUGGACCUCCAAAUCUUCCAAACCCUUUCUUGACCUUCACAGACAUUCAGACUGAGACUCGCCAUCCCAUCCGUCUGUAUUCCCGUUACAGUGAUCGCUUCUGGAUUCUUUUCAAGUUCGACCAAGAAGAGGUCCGGGAUCUGGUCCAGCGAUAUUUGACGGAGAAUCCGGAUCCAAACAAUGAAAACGUCGUGGGCUACAACAACAAGACGUGUUGGCCGAGAGACUGCCGCAUGCGACGCAUGAAGCAUGACGUCAAUUUGGGACGCGCAACGUUUUGGGAAAUCCAAAAUCGAUUUCCUCGAUCUGUCACGACGUUGGAAUGGGACACUUCAUUUGUUUCAGUUUAUUCCGUUGAUAAUCCGAAUCUGUUAUUCAGCAUGUGUGGAUUUGAAGUUCGAAUUCUACCAAAGAUUCGUGCAUUUAAUGAAGAAUUUACGCAGCGGGAGGGAGUUUGGAAAUUGCAAAACGCCGCGACGAAGGAAACGACAGCACAAGCAUUUUUGCGUGUGGACGACGAUGGAAUGCGAAAGUUUGAAAAUCGCGUGCGUCAAAUUUUAAUGGCCAGUGGAAGCACGACUUUCACGAAAAUCGCUAACAAAUGGAACACAACUCUCAUCGGUUUGGUCACCUACUACAGGGAAGCUGUUAUUCACACCGAGCAGCUGCUGGAUUUACUGGUCAAAUGCGAGAAUAAGAUUCAAACGCGUAUUAAAAUUGGCCUGAACUCGAAAAUGCCCUCAAGAUUUCCGCCUGUUGUUUUCUACACGCCGAAAGAAUUGGGAGGGUUGGGAAUGUUAUCGAUGGGCCAUAUUUUGAUACCGCAGUCGGAUUUGAGGUAUUCGAAGCAAACGGAAACGGGUAUCACACACUUCCGCGCUGGAAUGUCUCACGAAGAGGAACAAUUGAUUCCAAAUCUGUAUCGCUACAUUCAAACAUGGGAAUCAGAAUUUUUGGAUUCUCAACGUGUCUGGGCGGAGUAUGCAUUGAAACGACAAGAAGCGAAUUCUCAAAAUCGUCGCUUGACUUUGGAAGAUCUCGAAGACAGUUGGGACAGAGGAAUCCCUCGAAUCAACACUUUAUUCCAGAAGGAUCGCCACACGCUUGCUUACGACAAGGGAUGGCGUGUCAGACAAGAGUUCAAACAAUAUCAAAUGUUGCGAGCCAAUCCAUUUUGGUGGACGCAUCAGCGACAUGAUGGAAAGUUGUGGAAUCUUAAUAACUAUAGAACGGAUAUGAUCCAAGCCCUUGGAGGCGUUGAAGGAAUCCUGGAACACACUCUGUUCAAAGGAACCUACUUCCCCACAUGGGAGGGUCUUUUCUGGGAGAAGGCAUCGGGAUUUGAAGAGUCGAUGAAAUACAAAAAAUUAACAAAUGCUCAGAGAUCUGGCUUGAAUCAGAUUCCUAAUCGUCGUUUCACCCUUUGGUGGUCACCCACCAUCAAUCGCGCAAAUGUGUAUGUUGGAUUUCAAGUGCAACUCGAUCUGACGGGAAUCUUCAUGCAUGGCAAAAUUCCAACAUUAAAAAUUUCUCUCAUUCAAAUCUUCCGUGCCCAUUUGUGGCAAAAAGUCCAUGAAUCGAUCGUGAUGGAUCUUUGCCAGGUUUUCGAUAUGGAGCUAGAGGCUCUUGAAAUCGAAAUGGUUCAAAAAGAAACGAUUCACCCUCGAAAGUCAUACAAGAUGAAUUCUUCUUGCGCCGACAUUCUUCUCUUCGCGGCCUAUAAGUGGCCAGUCUCCCAACCAUCCCUCCUGUUCGAUAAUGAAUCACCAUCCGAUGGAACACUUGCAACCAAAUUCUGGAUCGAUAUUCAGUUGCGUUGGGGUGAUUAUGACAGUCACGACAUCGAGCGCUAUUGUCGAGCGAAAUUCCUGGACUACACCACAGAUAACAUGUCGAUAUACCCAUCUCCCCACGGUGUUAUGCUCGGUGUUGAUCUCGCUUACAAUCUUCACUCCGGCUUUGGCUGUUACGUUCCUGGUAUGAAACCCUUGCUGCAGCGCGCAAUGAACAAGAUUAUGAAGGCGAAUCCCGCGCUGUAUGUGUUGCGUGAGCGUAUACGCAAGGGUCUCCAGCUCUAUUCAUCUGAGCCGACGGAGCCGUACCUGAACACCCAGAACUAUGGCGAGCUGUUCUCAGCGCAGACAAUCUGGUUCGUUGACGAUACAAACGUCUAUCGUGUGACGAUCCACAAAACAUUCGAAGGAAAUCUGACAACGAAGCCUGUGAAUGGAGCCAUCUUCAUUUACAAUCCACGCACUGGACAAUUGUUCUUGAAGAUCAUCCACACAUCAGUCUGGGCCGGUCAGAAACGACUUUCUCAAUUGGCGAAGUGGAAAACAGCAGAAGAGGUUGCUGCUUUGAUUCGGUCCCUUCCAGUUGAAGAACAGCCGAAGCAGAUUAUCGUGACGCGUAAGGGAAUGCUUGAUCCUCUGGAGGUCCAUCUCCUAGAUUUCCCAAAUAUCGUGAUCAAGGGAUCAGAGCUUCAGCUGCCAUUCCAAGCGGUGAUGAAGCUUGAAAAAUUCGGAGAUCUCAUUCUCAAAGCGACGCAACCAGAAAUGGUUCUAUUCAAUCUAUACGAUGACUGGCUGAAAAGCAUUUCUGCAUUUACGGCGUUCUCUCGUUUGAUUCUGAUAUUGAGGGCGUUGCAUGUCAAUCCUGAUCGUGCCAAGGUGAUACUGAAGCCGUCCAAGUCAACCAUCACACAACCGCAUCAUAUAUGGCCGAGUUUAACCGAUGAAGAAUGGAUCAGAGUUGAAGUGGCAAUGAAGGAUUUGAUUCUUGCAGAUUAUGGAAAGAAGAAUAAUGUCAACGUUGCAAGUUUAACCCAAUCAGAAAUUCGUGACAUUAUUCUUGGUAUGGAUAUCGCGCCUCCCUCAUUACAAAGACAACAAAUUGCGGAAAUCGAGAAACAAGCGAAGGACGCAGCAUCAAGCCAAGUCACAGCAGUCACAACAAGGACAACGAAUGUUCACGGAGACGAAAUCAUUGUCACCACACAGUCGCCCCAUGAGCAAAGUGUGUUCGCAUCAAAAACUGAUUGGAGAAUUCGUGCAUUGUCGGCAGCUAGCCUGCAUUUGAGAACAGGCCACAUCUACGUCAACUCGGAUGAGGUACGGGAAGUUGGAUUGACCUAUGUGAUUCCAAAGAAUAUUCUCCGAAAAUUCAUCUGCGCUUCCGACCUUCGAACAAAAGUGGCUGGAUUGCUUUACGGAGCCCCAGCAUCAGACAACCCACAGGUUCGUGAAGUUCGAGCAAUUGUUUUUAUUCCUCAAGUCGAAAGCCACGGAGCUGUUCAAUUUCCUAAUCAAGUUCCUAGUCAUGAUUAUUUGAAGGAUCUUGAACCUUUGGGUUGGAUUCAUACGCAAUCGAACGAAACAUCGCAAUUGCCCCCCAUUGAUGUCAUAACCCAUACGAAAUUUCUUCUCAAUAAUUCUGAUUGGGACAUUGAUACAUCAAUCAUCAUCACUUGUUCCUUCACUCCUGGCUCGUGUUCCCUGACUGCCUACCGUCUGACUCCACUUGGUUACCAGUGGGGCAAGACAAACAAGGAUGUGGGUCCCAACCCAGGAGGCUAUUCGUCGAAUCACUAUGAGAAAGUUCAAACACUUCUUUCUGACAUAUUCGUUGGGUUCUUCAUGGUUCCUGAAGGCGGUAUCUGGAAUUACAAUUUUAUGGGAGUGAAAUUCUCAAAUGCUAUGAAGUACUCUCUAGCUUUAGAAAAUCCGAAGCCAUUCUUCCACGAAUUGCACCGUCCCACGCAUUUCUUGCAAUUCGCUUCUAUGGAUACGAGCGUACCUGAAGAGGAUAUCGUUGACAGAGAAGAUGUUCUCGCGUGA